AUGGCUAAUUCAUAUAUCACACUACGUCGCCAGUCUUUUGUGCCCAAGAAACCAGUACGAUUGCUCGUAACUUCUGCCACACGUGAUGUCUUGCCUAAAGUCAUUAAUCUAUAUGAGGGGAUCAGGAAUGGAGAUAGACAUAGCUUGGCAAAGGCUAUUACUUUAGUCGAAUCUACUCGCCGAGAUCAUAAAUUCCAAUCUGAACAACUCCUCUCAACGAUCCUCAACAAAGCACCCGUCUCCACUCGCAGUCGAUCACAUCAUUCCACCCUCCGAAUCGGCCUUUCGGGUCCGCCAGGAGUGGGGAAAUCAACGUUUCUGGAAACGUUUGGGAUGUACAUAUUAUCUCAGAGACAUCGUGUGGCAGUCCUUGCAGUCGAUCCUUCGUCGUCGAGAUCAGGAGGUAGCAUAUUGGGCGACAAGACCAGAAUGCCACAGUUGUCUAAUCAAGAUAAUGCGUAUGUCAGACCGUCACCUAGCCGUGGGACGCUUGGUACGUAUUCAGACAUGAACAAGUUGAGCCGUUUAUUCGAUAACAUUAUAGAUUUAUUUGUCAUCUUGUAUGGUUUAGGCGGUGUCGCUCGUAAUACGAACGAGGCAAUAACCCUAUGCGAAGCUGCCGGCUACGAUGUGUGUCUUGUUGAGACGGUCGGGGUAGGGCAAUCAGAGACCAUGGUUGCUGAAAUGGUUGAUAUGUUUGUCCUUAUGGUACCGCCAGCGGGUGGAGAUGAAAUACAAGGACUUAAAAAAGGCAUUGUUGAAAUUUCUGAUUUGGUAAUCAUUAAUAAAUCGGAUGGAGCAUUCCAAGGAGCUGCAAUGCAGGCAAUGACAGAGUACACGAGCGCAUUGAAAUAUCUACAACCCAAUACGCCAGCAUGGAAGCCUCGGGUCAUUCGAGUUUCCGCUAAGAACAACGUUGGAAUAAAAGAGACUUGGGACAUAAUACAGGAAUACUAUAAGGUGAUGAGGGAAUCUGGCCAAUUUGAAAAGAGACGCGGAGAACAAAGAAAAUCAUGGAUGUGGACACAAAUAAAAAACGAGCUUAUGGAUAGAUUAAAAUCUGACUCUGCUAUAAGGACUAUGGUCGAGGAACUAGAAGAGAAAGUGUUUCAAGGUGAAAUGGCUUCCGGAGCAGCAGCUGAUUAUGUAGUAGAUAGAUUUACUAACAAGUAUAGACAAUAA